CAAGAUACCAAACAUAGUCCAGGCGCUUGCGAAGCAUGCCCAUGUGCGCAUACGCCUAAUAUUCACGGCUGCAGCCACAAACUUCCUGCAGGGUCAAAGCGGAGAGCAGCCCUCCUUGGAAGAAAUAGAAAGGAUGCCGAAUGUAGAUGGCAUUUACUUUGACGAGGAUGAAUGGAGAGAACCAUGGGUGCGAGGCAACAAGAUUCUACACAUUGAACUCCGGCGCUGGGCAGACAUGAUGGUUAUCGCUCCCUUGAGUGCAAAUGAACUUGCCAAAAUCACACAAGGCUGGUCUGACAACCUACUUCUCUCUGUGGUUCGUGCCUGGGAUACGACUGGCUUAAUCGACCCUCUAAGAAAUAUACCAGGCGUGCAGUGGCCGCAAGAGGAGGAAGGCGUGCAGAAGAAAAGGAUACUAGUCGCACCAAGCAUGAACACUGCUAUGUGGUACCAGCCUAUUACGAAAAAACAGGUGCAUACCUUAGAAGAGGAGUGGGGUGUCAAAAACGGAGGCUGGUUUGAAGUGCUGCAGCCUAUGGAGAAAGAGCUAGCUUGUGGCGAUAUUGGAGGUGGUGCGAUGAAAGACUGGCGAGAGAUUGUAGGCGUGAUUGAGGAAAGGCUAGGCCUUGGUUCCGCAUCUUCUAAAACACAACACCAAGGAUAGACUAUCCUAUUGCCUUAAGAACC